UGGGUAAAGUGUCAACAAGCUCGGCCGACGUCAGUUUGUUUUCGUCAGCCGUCAAUAUUAUGCCUGAGGACGUUAAACGUUUAGAAGAAACGGACUUUUUCAACCGUCUCAAGUGAAAGUCGGGGCAAUUACGACCGUGUCUUAACGAUGUCACUCAGAAACUAAUCAUACCGAAAAGUAAUUAACCUCCAAAGGUAAACGAACCCUUGUACGCUCAUAACUAAAAAAAAAAUCAAACAAACAAGAAACGCGUAACAAACACAACCAACAAUGUUCGUAUACCUGAGUAAGAAAAUAGCUAUACCGAACAACUUCCGAUUGAACUGCAUGGCCUGGAACCAGCAACAAGGCUUUAUCGCCGUGGGUGGCGAAGAUGGCCUCCUGAAGGUCCUGAGGGUAGAUUCAAGCACCGGAGGCCCGACAUCGUCCACCUCGAAGAACUUGGGCUUGGCGGCGGCGAGCAAUCUGAGCAUGAACCAGACGCUUGAAGGCCACAACGGUCAUGUCCAGGUCGUGAUAUGGAACGAGGAGCACCAGAAGUUGACGUCGAGUGACCAGCACGGCGUAAUAAUAGUCUGGAUGCUGUACAAGGGUUCGUGGUACGAGGAGAUGAUAAAUAACCGCAACAAGUCGGUGGUAAAGGGAAUGGCGUGGAGCUCGGACGGUCAGAAGAUCUGCAUCGUUUACGAGGAUGGAGCCGUGAUCGUCGGAUCCGUCGACGGCAAUCGAAUCUGGGGCAAGGAAUUGAAAAACACGCUCUUGACGGGAGUCCAAUGGUCUCCCGACGGAAAGCUGCUGCUCUUUAGCGUGAAGAACGGUGAAGUCCACCUCUACGACAACCAGGGUAUAUUCCUGAUGAAGCUUAACAUGGUUCCGCUGAGUGUCACCAAGCCGCAAAGUGUCGUGGCGCUGGACUGGUACGACGGAAAAAACGGCCUCGUCGCGACUGACGCGCCCUCUCUGAUCGUCUGCUACCAAAGUGGGAAGAUUCAGCUGAUGCGAGGCGAGAACGACGACCGACCGGCACUCCUUGACACUGGAAUGACCGUCGCUUGGUGCUGUUGGAACCACUGUGGCUCGCUCUUCGCCGUCGCCGGAAUGAUGCCGACGCUAGUCGGUGGGGAGACCAGGGAGUCGAAUUUCGUCCAAUUUUACACGCCAUUUGGCGAGCUAGUCAGGACGCUGAAGGUACCAGGAAGAGAAGUAACCUCCUGCGCUUGGGAGGGCGGCUCGCUGAGACUCGCGCUCUCGGUCGACUCGCACAUCUACUUCGCGAACAUCAGACCGGACUACAAGUGGACCUACUUUGGGGGGACCGUGGUAUUUUCCAGCGAGAAGCUGACCCGGGACGGGAUAUGUGUCACCUUCUGGAACGCCGAAGGAAAUUUGACGUACACUAAACACGUCAGGGCUUUGAUAUCGGUCGCGUCGUUCGGUGAGCACUGCGUACUUGCCGUGAAGAACGACUCCGGGCAGGUGAGCGAGCCCUACGCGCUUCUGGUCUGCAAUACGAUCGCUACUCCGAUCGACGUCAAGCACCUGCAUACGGAGCCGUUGUGGGUGGCGAUGACCGGAAACGUAGUGAUAGUUGCUUCACGGGACAAUUUUACGCUCUGGAGUUUCAGGAUGCCCAGAAACUCGGCGUUGAAUUCUGGGCGGACCAGAAGAGAUCGAACUUAUCACAUCGACGACACUCCUACGGGGGUUACGGAGGUCAUUCAGGAUCUGGACAGAGACAGAGCUUUCGAAGCUCCGCUGAACACGAAGCCGACUCUGGACCCAAUCUGCUGUAUGGUUGCGACGGAGAAAGUUUUGCUUCUAGGAAGAGAAUCGGGGAUGAUUCAGCGGUACUCGCUGCCCCAGGUAACGCUGACAAACCGAUACGCAACUGCCUCGAAGCCCUGCAAGCUCGCCGUGAAUUCCAACUCCACGAGAGCUUCGAUCAUUGAUACAGUCGGGAUCCUAACGAUGCUGGAUCUAGAGCCAGCUAAAAAUAGUACCGGUGACGAGGAAGACGUUAGAAAGUUCGAGCGCAAGGAUGUCUGGGCGAUGUGCUGGGCUCAGGAUAACCCCUCGCUGCUUGCUAUCAUGGAGAAGACCAGAAUGUACGUUUUAAGGGGACUUGAUCCCGAGGAGCCAAUAUCCUGCUCGGGGUACAUAUGCAGCUUCCAGGAUUUGGAGAUACGCUGCGUUCUCUUGGACGAGCUAAUGCAGAAGCCUGAAGAAACGCGACGCGAAUUAAUCGUUGAUUUGGAAGUCAAGUCGCUGCGUGACACCAGGGAACUACUUUCCAAGGUCGGUCUCAAGGAGGCGAACAGCUUCAUUCAGGACAAUCCGCACCCCAGACUCUGGCGCCUUCUCGCCGAAUCAGCGCUAAAGUAUUUGGACCUCGAGACGGCUGAGAACGCGAUGGUGCGCUGCGCCGAUUACCUUGGAAUUCAAUUCAUAAAAAGACUACGAAACGUGCACAAUGACCAGCUGAAGAAGGCGGAAGUCGCCGCGUUCCUGGGGGACUAUGACAACGCGGAGAAGCUUUACCUGGACUUGGACCGCAGGGAUUUAGCGAUAACUUUGCGUCAGAAGUUGGGUGAUUAUUUCCGCGUGAUCCAGUUAAUGAAGAUGGGAAUCGGUGGGUCGGACAAGCAGAUGGAGCACGCAUUCAACAAGAUCGGCGACUUCUUUGCCGAGAGACAGAACUGGGAGAGCGCAAGGGAGUAUUACGAGAAGGGCAGCAACACGGAGAGGCUCAUCCAGUGCUACUACAAGCUCGAAGAGUACCACCAACUCGCUGGAACGAUAGAGCAGCUACCGGACAAAAGUCCGCUGCUCAAAACCGUCGGCAAGAUGCUCGCGUCGGUCGGAAUGUGCCCUCAGGCUGUCCUGGCGUACGUAAAGUACGGAGAUGUUAAGCUGGCCGUGGACACCUGUGUGCGUUUGAACCACUGGGACCAGGCGGUGGAGUUGGCCAAGACGUACAAAAUGGCACAGAUAGGUGAGCUGCUGAACAAGUAUGCGAGCCAUCUUCUGGGCAAUGGAAAAAUGCUACAGGCUGUGGAACUGUACCGGAAGGCGAACCACCAUCUGGAGGCGGCAAAGCUGCUAUUCGCGCUUGCUGAGGAGCAGGCGAAGCUCAGAACGAAUCCAGUGAGGACGAAGAAGAUCUACGUGUUGGCCGCUCUCCUCGUCGAAGACCACUUGAAAGGCGCACCGGCGGCGAAGGCGGGCCGAAGUAACGUUGUCAUGGGACUCACAGAGAGCAACGAGGACACCAAGGUCAUUGAGAGGGCCUGGCGAGGCGCCGAAGCCUUCCACUUUCUGCUCCUGGCCCACAGGCAGCUUUACGACGGACAGCCAGACGCCGCAAUGAAGACCUCGUUGCGGCUCAGAGAGUACGAGGACGUCAUUGACGCGGAAGACAUUUACUGCCUCCUGGCGCUCUCGAGCUGCAUUAAUCGCGCCUUCGCCGCGUGUUCGAAGGCCUUCAUAAGGCUCGAGGCUAUGGAAAAGAUCGGCCACACGAAGAGGGAGGAUUACGAGGAACUCGCGUUGGCCAUUUUCACUAAGUACAGUCCAAAAGACUCGCGGAACGCCAAGUCGGAGUGCGUCAAUUGCGAGACUCUCGUUCCUGACUGGUGCGUCGCUUGUCCAAACUGCGCGACGAGAUUUCCAGGUUGCGUUAUAUCUGGAAAACCUCUGAUGGAUCUCGCCAAUGCCUGGGUCUGCAGCGUGUGCCGGCAUCAUGCCGCCACUGAACGCGACAUCAUCAAUGUCAACGCUUGCCCGCUUUGUCACAGUGUUAUUACUUAUAUGUAGAGCGUAGUACGUUAUUUGAUCGCGACUUAUUGCGUAGUCUUAGGUUUAUAUUCAAUCUUGCCAUUGAGGAGGUUUGUUGGCCAAAAAUUGAUGAUUUUCACCAAAUUUGUAACGAGAUAGUCGCACAUUGAGUAUUGGUCGGGUUAUUUCAUUCGUAUGCUGCAAAGAUCUUUAAGGAGAGCUUCCGAUGACAUUACCAAGUUCGCAAUCUUCAAUAGAGUUCAAUUCAAACAUGCGCAUGAGUCUAUUUGAUUUAGGCCCUUAAAAACCACGAAUAAUCAUUUAAUAACCGC